CUGCUGACUUCAUAAAUGUUGUUAUUGAUCUGUGACCUAUGGGUAUUUCAACACAGAGGAUCAUUUGUCAAUAUUUUCUUUGUUGGCCCUCUUUGUUUUAUUAAUGUGAGACUUCCAGCUAAUAAUUUCUCCUCUUCUUUUAUUCCACCAGGAUGGGCAAAAGCUUCUGCAGCACUGCUGAUAAUUGGUUGUAUCCUGUUGAUCAUCUGUUUCAUCCUGUCCUUCCUUGCUCUUUGCAAGGAGCAGUCAGGUCUGCUGAGAGUGAUUGGUGUCAUCCUCUUUGUUGCUGUCCUCUUCCAGUUCAUCGCCCUCAUCGUAUACCCGGUCAAUUUCACCAAGACCCUCAUCCAAAAUGGCAACUAUGAAUACAGCUGGAGCUACGGCUUUGGCUGGGGUGCCACCAUCCUGAUGAUUGGCUGUGGCAUAUUCUUCUGCUGCCUCCCCAAGUACGAAGAUGAACUCUACGGUCAAGCUAAACCCAUCUACAUCUACGGCUGAGCCCUUGGAGUCAGCGGUGGCGAAGAUUUGACUCUGGUGCCUUGCACACAUGUACAUUCGCUGUUUCAAAAGGCCAGAGGAAUGACAAUGUUCCCUUUCUUUUUGAGAAACAAAAGAACCUGCACAUUUUAUUACACACAAGUACUGGAUUUGACAAUGUUCUUGUUUUUAAAUGUUACGGUAGUUUUUAUUUUAAAAGGUUUGGCUUUAAAUAGACUUGCUGGUGUUGGGGAUAGCAAGAGGUAAGAUUUUAGGGAAGUGGGGGGGGGAUGAUACAGACACUAGACCGUCACCAAAUGAAAUUUAUAGCCAGUAUCUGAAUCUUAAAAAUUGAAAUGACAAAUCUUUCCACUUCCCUCUCUGGCAUCUACUCCUCUUAAUGAUAAAAAUUGUGGUCUCGGUUAGGAUGAAAUGAGUGCUGGGAAUGGCAAGAAAAGUUGGAAUAAUGUUGAUUGUGAGAGAGUAUUAUGGUGUCCCAAGGACAAAAUGGCUAAGGAUAGAAAUUAAUUCCAGUUGGGAGAGUACAGAGGAGUAUUUUAAUGCAAGGACUGUAUUAAGAAUAGGAUGACAUUGCUAUUCAGAUAUUCUUGUUUUGUAUUUUAAUCUUUGACCAAAAAAAAAUCUAUUGCUUGUUCAAAUGCAAACACAAACUUUGACCAUAAAAUAGUUGAUAUUGUAUGAAAAGUAA